AUGCUUUUGAACGUUCCAAGAUCAACCUUUGGCGGGCGUGUAUCGCUUACAAAGUCUACUCAGUGCUCAGUACCGGCUCGAUAUGCCUCUUUGAACUCUGCUAUUGGCCGGGGUAUUCGCCGAUCACAGCCUGGAGAGACUUCGUCUAGUCGAUCAUUUGAUGAGCGUGAUGGACGCCGGCGGGUGAGGAGAGAUGAUUAUCAGUACCAAUCAAAAGGCCAAAGAAGUUGGCCCGAGAAGAGCUUCGAGAAAAAGCCCGAGAAGUGGCACGAGAGAAGGCCCGAAAGGAAGCCUGUUUCCGACCUCUUUGAUCGCGAUGAAUUUGUACGGAGCGGCAGUUUUCGAACUCCGUCGCAAGGUCGGGACCGUGGGCAUUCAAAAAGCAGGAGUGAAUCACGCGACUUGGAUUCAGAUAUAUCAGAGAAAGUAAAGUCGUUCUCCCGGAAGGUCAGUACUCACGGUGUAUCUCGUGCUCAUCGGGCUACUGCGAGUGUCCCGGAGCGAGUGAAGGAAAAUGUCAAGGUCCCGGAGUCGAUACCUUACACGUCACCGGCAUCUGAGUUCAUUUACGGCACGGGUGCCGUUGAAGCAGCAUUGCGUUCCAGCCGUCGCCAACUAUACAAGCUCUAUCUCUAUCAAGCUGCCGGAGAAGAGCUUAGCCCCACAAAGGUUAUUCUUCGCAAGCUGGCUCUCUCAAGUAACAUUGAAGUCAAAAUGGCAUUUGCCGGUCGGGACCGACUUCUUGACAAGAUGAGUGCUGGCAGACCGCACAAUGGCUGUGUUUUGGAGGCAUCGCCUUUGCCGAAACUGCCAAUUCGUGGCUUCCAUCCGGUCCAGGCCAUGACCGACAGCCAUUUCCGCGUAGAAUUGGCACCUCAAACGCGGGAGGAAGCUGCAGUUAAUGGUACCGAUGACCGCAUCUCUAUUCUUCACCCUCCAAUCUCGCCGUCGGGAGAACAAAGGUAUCGCUACCCGGUGUGUCUACUCCUGGAUGGUGUCGUUGACCCUGGAAACCUUGGCGCUAUUAUACGUUCCGCUUACUAUCUCGGAAUUGAUACGGUGGUCUUUGCUGGUCGCAACUCAGCCCCUCUUUCGCCUGUGACCAUCAAGGCUUCUGCCGGCGCAGCAGAGAACAUGUCUCUUCUUCAGGUCAAGAACGAGAUUGAUUUCAUCCAACGGUCCCAAAACAACGGAUGGAAGUUCUAUGCGGCCGACGCUCCGGGUCCGGUGCCACCUAUCUGGACCGCCUAUCAUGUGAUCAUGAUGGGGAGCGAGGGGUCUGGGCUUAGCUCCCAUAUCAAGUCACAUGCAGAUGCGAUCGUUAGCAUUCCUGGUGCUCGACACAGCGCCCAUCUAGGCGUUGAAUCUGACCCAGCUCGCAUCGAUAGUUUGAACGUCAGCGUCGCUGCGGCUCUCUUGAUGGAGACGUUUUUGCGAACCCCUCUGGGAGUCUCAGAGCCGGCUAGAAAGGGGAAGGGGCAGCGGAUGUGGUGA